CAUUAAAUAAAAUUUGUUUUAAAAUAAAAUAUCAAAACAGCAAUUGAUGACGUCACAAUUAGUAUUUUCAAGAUGGCCGACUGUUGACAUAUUCGGGAAAUUCUAUACAAUUUGCGUAAAAUUUGGUUGAAUCUUAGCUGUUUUCUUGCUUUAUCUGAGUCUGUGUUGCUGCACUGUUCCCAGACCUGUUGGCUGCUGAUAAGCCAGUGAUGGGUGGGGAAACUUCCCCUGGGGAUGACAGCAGUGACACUCAACUGCAUUGUGCCUUCAAGAAGCUUAAAGUUGAUCCAGAAUGGAAUCCAAGUGUUAUUAAAGGAAAUGUUGAAAACCUAAGAGAUUUAUGGAUAAGAGAUACAGGGGUAUCUACAGGCUCACCAGUCCCAGUACAGACAGGUGGGAAACGUCGGAGGAAGAAAUUAACUUGCAGUCUUUCUAGAAUGGAGCCAUAUCCUCAAGAUUUUCUAUGCUCAAUGGCUGAAAAACUGACAUUUCACUCAGAAGUUUGCCAGAAACAAUCAUGUAUGUGUAGUGAACUUAGACUGAAGUCUAGGAAGUGCUUUAACUAUGCAUCUUCAUCAGUCCACCAUCGACCACUGAUCCGAGAAGCUAAACUUAAGUUCCAUCACUCAGAAAAAGAUACAAAACAGGUGCUAAGGGCAGCUAGAUUAAAGAUAUUCAAGCACGGAAAACAGUUAGAUUCAAAAUCUAGUUUCAAACAUACAUUUGGAAAUCAUUCUGUUCUAACAAGUCCAGUGUUAUCUAGUGCUCCAAAUUUUCCAUUGUUCGGUGCUAAAUCAAAACUGGAAGGACAGGAUUUUCAGUCAGUUGCCUCAAAGAAAUCUGUGUCCCCGUCAACAUCAAAAUCAUCGAAAACAAAAUCGUCUAAGUUAGAAUCCCAUAGAUCUCAAUCAGGUGGGAAACGGUCUCGAGAAGAGGCUGCCUGCAGUGAGAACUCCAGAAAUAGUUUCAGUGAUUGUGGUAAGGAGAUGAGAUGUUCUCAACAAGCUAAACUGGAUGACAUGAGUGUCGAUGAACUGGCAGGUUACUUUGAGGAUUUUGUUCAUAUUCCAAAGAAAAUGUCCUCUAUGGCAGAGAUGAUGUACACUUAACCAAUUCAUGAUGAAAAUCGUGUUGCAGUGCUUACAUACAUAGAAACACAUAUUGUAUGAUACUUAUCACUAUUUUAACCAUGGGUUUGCUAGUGGAUGUACUUUCAUAUCUCCUUUUAGGAAACAUUUAUUACAAGCUGUACUUCAAAAUACAUUGAUGGUACCAGUAAUGCUGUUACCUGAAUAUUAUUUUUUUUCACAUUUGAAGAAACCGCAAGAACGCUCUUGCCUGAAGAAGCAAUGUGUUAAAUUUUUCCAGCAGUGUGUGAUUGUCUUAGCUGGAAAUCAUUGUUAGGCAUGCUGUCGUAAUAAGUUGGGGGAUAAUAUCUUACAAAAUUAUUUUGUGUUUGGAAUUCUGGUUUCCAAGAGUUACUUCAUUAGUUUAGAUAAUUUAUUUUUAUUACAGUCAGUAUAAGUAAAGGCAGCAAUGUACAUGUACUUCGGUUUUAUUUCUGUGUGUUAUUUGUAAUAUAGAAAAAAUGUAUACAUGCUGGCUGGGACAGUUGAAACUGUGAUCUGUUAUCUGGAUGUGAAGGAAUGUAUGUUAAAUUUGUAAAGCAAAAUAUACAUUGUACUUUCUGGAAUACAUUUUUACUACCAGAAGUUUAAGAAUUAGUUGUAUAACCAACAGCUGGUUUGCUUUGUUUGACACAACUGCUGAAGUGUCAUCAAAUUAACAUAUAAAGAUAAACGGUGGAGAGGUUGAGCACUGGAUGCUAGAUUUUUGAAAAAAAGCAACCUAGCAUCCCAGCUGUUUGAAAGACCAUUACUUUUUUUGUACAAGUUAAAUAAUAAUUCUUGAACAAACCCGUUAUGAAUAUUUUGCAAAUGAAAAAAUAAACCAUUUAUUCACUUUGCUAAA